AUGGAUUAUCGCAUGUGUUUAAAGUUUGAUAACUUGAGUAAAUAUUUACCCGAUGAAUUAAACGGAACUACUAGUCUCGAUAUUAAUAAAUUAGGGAAUGUUCAGAAUUAUUGCUCUAAUGGAGAAUCAGAGGGAACAGGAUGUAAGACUAAUCUCGAUAAAAUAAAUGGUGGAUGUCUAUGGUUGUUCGAGCAAAAUAUUAUUAAUAAUAUUGACAGUUUAAGUAAGGAUCAAUUUAAAUUUAUUAUUAUAUACAUUAUGAUAUGGUUAAGUUAUAUGUUAGACCUAAAUAAUGAUGAAAAAAUCAACAACCUAAAUGAUUUUUAUACUCAAUAUAUAGAAAAUAAUACGCAUUAUAAUAAUUGUAAAAAAAAUAAUAAUAAUUAUGAUGAUUGUAGUAGUUCAUUAAAAGAUAAAACGGGAUAUAAUAAUUUUAAGGAUUUCAUAGAAAAAAACGAAUAUUUGAAGAAUAUUGGUAUUAAUAUGUCUAAUUUUUAUGAUGCAUUUAAAUCAUUAUGUAACAUGUAUACUGAACUUGAUGCAAGCAAUACGAAAUGUGAGAAAUGUUUAGAAAAUGCUAAAGAAUUUGUUAAAAAAUAUAAUGAACUUAACAAAAAUCCUAAUAUUACUAAAGAUAGUCCCUAUUAUCAAGUAUUGUCUACAUUAUCAAAUGAUUAUAAUAAUUUUAAAAAUUAUUGUGAUGAUAAUAGCGUUGAUUGUAACGAUAUUCCAUCCCUUUCAUCGAUAAACACAAAAGAAAAUAGUGUACAAAGUUCUGCACAUAAUCAUGUACACAAUUCUGGAGUUACAUCAUCAAGUUCGUCGGUAACAAACAAAUUAAUUCCAGUUUUAUCGAUAAUUAUUGCAAUACCAAUAUUCUUUGGAAUUUUUUAUAAGUAUUCGUUAUUUGGAUUUCGGAAACGAUCUCAAAAACAACAUUUAAGAGAAAAGCUAAAUAAUAAAUAA